AUGGGUGAACCGACAGCCAAGUCAAAUCCGGAAGUUCCCCCAGCCAUUGUAGCAGAUGGGGCAGAAGUACAACUCGAAGCUGCAGGGGAUACCGACCAAGGACUUCGCGCCUGGACGGUCGUUGUGGGCGCCUGGUGCGUCAAUCUCUGUGGUUUUGGCUGGGUCAAUGCCAUCGGGGUGUUCCAGGAGUACUAUCAGUCUCACCAGCUACACUCCUACUCUACCUCCAGUAUCUCCUGGAUUUUAUCUCUACAGCCGUUCGUGCUCUUUGCCGCCGGCCUCGUUAUCGGAAGAAUAUUUGACAACCAUGGACCAAAACAUCUCCUCCUCGUCGGCACAGUGCUGCAGGUCCUCGGAUUAAUGAUGACCUCUAUUUCAAGCCAGUAUUACCAAUUCAUACUUGCACAGGGUAUCUGUGGCUCUCUUGGCGCAAGUCUUACGUUUUACUCCUCAAUCGCAUCAACAGCAACAUGGUUUGAUAAACGGCGAGCUCUAGCAUUUGGCAUCGUUUCCAGUGGCUCUUCGUUUGGUGGAGCCAUAUUCCCCAUCAUUUUAUCCCGAUUGCUACCCAGUAUCGGAUUCGGAUGGACUCUCAGAGUCAUCGGAUUCCUAGUAUUUGUGCUACUAGUUAUAGCUGGCUUAACUAUCCGGUCUAGAGUGGCUCCUGUGCUUCGACCAGUAAAGUUCCAGGAUUACCUCAGUCCAUUCUCGGAGCUUCCCUUUGCCUUGCUCACAGUUGGCUCCUGUCUUGGAUUCUUUGCUACUUUUGUGCCAAUAAACUAUGUCAUUCUCGAGGCUCAGACAGGUGGAGUAGACCCCGACCUAGCCGGAUAUAUGCUUACCAUCCUCAACGCUGCAAGUCUUCCCGGCCGUAUACUACCAGGCUAUCUCGGUGAUAAAUGGGGCAGGUUCAACGUAAUGGUCAGCACAUGUGGCCUAUCUGCAGUCACUAUCCUAGCCCUUUGGCUGCCAGGAACACUUGUGAACCCUGGUUCUGCAGCAAUAUAUAUCGUCUUCUGCAUCCUAUACGGGUUCUUCUCCGGUGCCUUUGUAGGAAUGGUACCCGCCCUCCUCAGCCAAGUAUCCCCUGAUGUGAGCAAGAUCGGAGUUCGUCAGGGCGUGUUAUUUACUUGCGUCAGUGUUGCAACCCUCACUGGUAACCCUAUUGCCGGAGCAAUCUUGAAUCAGCAGAAUGGAGCAUUUUGGGGGCUACAGGUGUUCGCUGGGUUGAUGAUGGUCGGCUGUGUGGUCUUUUAUAUUAUUGCAAGGGUCGUUAUAGGCGGGUAUUCUCUCACCAAGGCAGUCUGA